GGCGUUCAAACCUUCAAAGCUUCACCCUUGGGUCCCUUUCACCACGCCGCGUCGCCGAUCUGAUCGAAGAAACGUUAAACGCCGGUACUUCCAUAACUGUCGCGGCCGCUCAACCAAAAUACUAAACUACACUGAACCACGGACGCUUUGUAGAGCUGUCGUCCACUACAGCCAAGGUCAACCUAUACCAUGACGAUUUACAGUCUCUACAUCUAUGACAGGCAUUGUACUUGUGUCUAUUAUCAGGAUUGGCAUCGUACCAAGCUGCCGAAACCAGCCGCGGAAGGUGGUAUCCUCCCCGCGGUCUCCCAUCAAGUAUAUCCGCAACCACAGCAAGACACCAUUUCCACCAGUGACCCUAUAUCCACUUAUAGUAGCCCGAGGAAUACCCUCUCGUCGUCCUCAGGCGUAGUGGUUGCUGUAAAUGAGGAGCAAAGAACCACCACCCCUCAGCCACCACAGGCUCAGUCCGGUCUUUCCUUCGAUGAAGAGGCCAAACUAGUCUACGGUGUCGUCUUGUCGCUAAGGAAUAUGAUCAAGAAGCUCUCUGGAAAGGAUGAACAAUUCGUCAACUACAAGACCUCGACAUAUAAGCUCCAUCUCUACGAGACUCUUUCUGGGUACAAGUUCGUUAUGCUCAGCGAUCCAAACGCGGACUCCUUGCGCUUUGUUCUACGUCAGAUCUAUUCUGGUCCCUUCUUAGAAUACGUCGUCCGUAAUCCUCUUGUGAAGAUGGAUUCCAAAGAGCGAGGGAUAGACAAUGAAUAUUUUCGUACGAGUACAGACAGGAUGAUCAGAGGACUCUCAGUUUUUCAAUAGAUUCAUUACUC